AUGCGCCGGCUGGCGGAGGCUCGGGCGGCUCGAGAGCUUGCCGAGCUGGAGGAGAGACGGCUGGAAACUGAACAACGGCACCUGGAAGAGCAACGACAGUUGGAGCAACGGCGCCUGGAAGAGCAACGACAGUUGGAGCAACGGCGCCUGGAGGCUGAGCGCGCAAGGAUAGAGGCUGGACUAGAGGAGGAAAAGGCCCAAAUAGAGGUCGAGGAGGUGGAGAAGGCCUCAAGUCGUGCCUCGCUUUCACGAGUGGAGAAGGCCUCAAGUCGUGCCUCGCUUUCACGAGUGGUACAUUGGCUUAAUCAAAAUCACUCGCCCAAGCCUGAAGCGAAUCGAAGUGACAAAUUGCUAGGCCGCCUGUCAGCCAGAGACCUGCCUACGUUCUCUGGCGAUGCACUCGAAUGGCUGCGUUUCAAACACGCCUUCGAGUCGACGACUAGAAUAGGCCAGUACUCGGAAGACGAAAACGUAGCCCGCCUACAGAGAUGCCUGCGUGGAGAGGCGUGGGAGACGGUAGCGGCCCGCAUCAUCACCGUGUCCUCGGCCCAAGAGAUCAUGAAGACCCUCGAAAUGCGCUUUGGAAGACCAGAUCUUAUAGUGCAGAAGAUUAUUGGAGAAAUAAAGAAAAUACCGAAGCUAAGUGGCUCUAGGACGGACCUUGGUGUAAAACAUGAGGAGAAUGAUAAGUUUUCAGGUCAACAGCGAGCUAUGAGUAUUCUCGACGCGAAGACCAGGAAGAUCGGUGACAGAUGGGAGACCGGGCUGCUGUGGAGAUCGGAUGACGUCGCUCUGCCGGAGAAUAAAGGGAGCGCAGUGCAGCGACUGAAGGUGAUAGAGAGGAUGAUGGACGUUGACCCCGCUUUCUCGAUUGACUAUUCGAAGCAGGUGGAUAAUUUACUGGAAAAACAUUAUGCAGAAGAAGUCCAUGAAACUUUGGCCGGCCCGAGACUUUGGUACUUGCCACAUUUCGGAGUACGCAAUCCGUCUAAACCGGGAAAGCUUCGCCUAGUGCAUGAUGCGAGAGCAGAAACAAAAGGCAUUUCUCUGAAUACGGAGUUGCUAGCAGGCCCUGACCUUCUUAAUUCAUUAGUUGGUGUUUUGUUCCGUUUUCGAGAGAGGGCGGUAGCAGUUACGGGAGAUAUCAAAGAAAUGUUUAUGCGUGUCAAAAUAAACGAAGAGGAUCAGAAAUCGCAACUAUUUUUGUGGCGUGGGAUGAAUAGAGAUCAACCUCCCCGUACGUACAAAAUGACUUCGAUGAUUUUUGGCACGAAAUCAUCCCCGUGUACUGCUACGUACAUUAUUAGAAAGAAUGCUGACCAAUAUGCUGAAUCUCAUCCGCGCGCCGUGAUAGCUAUUAAAAGAAGACACUAUGUAGAUGACUAUUGUGAUAGCGUGGACACAGUUGAAGAGAUGAAGCAACUAGUAGCCGACGUCACUGCGAUUCACCAUGCUGGUGGAUUCGAGAUAAGAGGCUUCGUAUCGAAUAAACCUGAAUGUCUUCCUGAGCCAACAGAGACGCCGUCGGUUAGCUUAUUGCAAACGGAGAGCUCUCAGCGCACCUUGGGAAUGAUAUGGAAGCCACAGAAAGAUGCUCUUGGGUUCGACCUGAGUUUCAAGAAGUUGGAAGCAGACAUUGUCGACGGAUCACAAAAACCCACUAAACGUCAAAUGCUUAAAGUCAUAAUGUCUGUUUUCGAUCCUUUAGGUUUCCUUGGUCCACUGUUAAUUCGAGGCAAAAUUUUGCUGCAACAACUUUGGCGAAGCGGCGUGAAGUGGGACGAGUUAAUAGGUGAUACCUUUACACGAACCUGGAGUGAAUUCCUGAUAGAUUUAAAGUCGUGUGAAGAGUUUAUGGUACCUCGUUGUUAUGGUUUCAGUGCUUUCGAUCAGUUUCAACUGCACGUUUUUGUGGAUGCCUCAGAACAAGCAUUUUCGGCAGUAGCUUACUUGCGUAGACACAACGGUGAGGUAGCCUUUGCAGCUGGAAAAUGUAGAGUCACGCCAUUGAAAUUGAUUACCAUACCUCGUCUAGAGCUUCAAGCGGCUCUCAUGGGUGCUCGACUAGGCGCCACUGUUCAAAGGGAGCAUGACCUGAAUAUUGUGGAUCGUUUUUUUUGGACAGAUUCCGUUUUGGAAGCGAUGGCUGCGUGA